AUGUCCAGGCGAGUGCACAAUCCUAGGGCCUUCUUGCUUCGGUGCCGGAGAAGCUACGCCACAUCUGUUGAUCCCCCAAGAGCAACAACCGCCCCUAAGCAGCGCCCUCAAUUAAGUCAGAUCCGAGACAAUGUCGAGCUCUACGAACACAAUGUACUGGUGCGGAACUACCGCAGCCACAAGGGUGUGCCCCGACAGGUCGUAGAGAAUAUGUCACGGAUGAAGGAGCUUGACCGACGGAUGAACGAGCCAAGGCGGAAGCUAAAAGACCUACAGAAGACAUUGAAUGCUACCAAGGGAGACAAGUCUGAUCUCGUCGCGCAGAUGAAGGUGGUCAAACAAGAAAUAGCAGAGCUGGAAGAUGAACAUGGCGACCUGACCGUUGCAACCGACACUGUGGCCUUGUCUUUGCCCAAUCUGACCUCCGGGGAGACGCCGCUUGACGAUGAACCGAAGCUGCGGAACUAUAUCAACUACGAUCCAAAAAAUCCUCCGACCUACAGCAGUUCAGCGGACCAUUCUAUCAUCGGAGACAAACUCAAGCUACUCGACUUCAAUUCAGCGUCUAUGGCCUCCGGGUGGGGGUUCUAUUAUCUUUUGAACGAGGCAGCCUUGCUGGAGCAGGCCCUGAUUCAGUACGCUCUGGCAACUGCGAGGAAGCACGGCUGGUCUGCUGUUGCUCCCCCUUCUCUCGUAUACUCACACAUGGCGACAUCUUGCGGAUUCCAGCCACGAGACCAAAAUGAUGAGCAGCAAAUAUGGCAGGUGGCACAAUCCGAAAGAGAUGCUGGAAAGCCUACGCGCAGCUUAGCUGCGACAGCAGAAAUUCCUUUGGCAGCCAUGUAUGCAGGGAAGCUGGUUCGGGAAGAAGACCUCCCCAUCAAACUUGUUGGGUCAAGCCGGUGUUUUCGUGCAGAAGCCGGUGCACGUGGAGUGGAUACAAGAGGCCUCUAUCGCGUGCAUGAGUUUACCAAGGUGGAAAUGUUUGCCUGGACCAACUGUCCAGCUGCCGGGAACGAGGUGCUAGACGAGAAUGUGUGGACGAGAGACUCCAGCAAGACCUUUUACGAGAUGGUUGACAUUCAGACCGAGAUUUUGUCUUCACUGGGCCUUCCAUGCCGAGUUCUAGAGAUGCCCUCUUCGGACCUAGGUGCCAGUGCGUUCCGCAAGAUCGAUAUUGAAGCCAUGUUCCCGUCACGAAAAAAUCGGGACAACGGUUGGGGCGAGGUCACCUCUGUAUCAAUCUGUACUGAUUACCAGAGCCGGAGGUUGGACACCCGGAUCCAAGAGGCGACCGGAUCAAGAAAGAAGUUUCCUCAUACAGUGAAUGGCACUGCAUUGGCCGUCCCGAGAGUCCUUGCUGCCAUUCUUGAAAAUGGAUGGCGCGAGCGGGAAGGGUGCGUCGUGAUCCCUGAAGUUCUGCGAGGCUAUAUGGGUGGCAUGGAACGUAUUGGACCAUGCUGA